CCCAAGGCGGCGGCGUUGGCGAUGGUGUUUGGGGCCGAGCAGCUCCGAGGAGCCUGCUGGAGCCGGAAUCGGACGUCUCUGUUGCGGCCUGCGUUGUGUCUCCUCCUCCGUUGACCCUGUGCUUCAAGGAUGACCUCUAGGAAGAAAGUGUUGCUGAAGGUCAUCAUCCUGGGAGACUCUGGUGUUGGAAAGACAUCUCUCAUGAACCAGUAUGUGAAUAAGAAGUUCAGUAACCAGUACAAAGCCACAAUAGGAGCGGACUUUCUGACCAAGGAGGUGAUGGUGGAUGACAGACUUGUUACCAUGCAGAUCUGGGACACAGCCGGUCAAGAACGGUUCCAGUCUCUUGGUGUGGCCUUCUACAGAGGUGCAGAUUGCUGUGUUCUGGUGUUUGAUGUGACUGCCCCCAACACUUUCAAAACCCUCGACAGCUGGAGAGACGAGUUUCUCAUCCAGGCCAGCCCCCGGGAUCCCGAGAACUUCCCUUUUGUUGUGUUGGGAAACAAGAUUGACCUGGAAAACAGACAAGUGGCCACAAAGAGGGCACAGGCUUGGUGCUACAGCAAAAACAACAUUCCUUACUUCGAGACCAGUGCCAAGGAGGCCAUCAAUGUGGAGCAGGCCUUCUAGACGAUUGCUCGGAAUGCCCUUAAACAGGAAACAGAAGUGGAGCUGUACAAUGAAUUCCCUGAACCCAUCAAACUGGACAAGAAUGACCGGGCCAAGGCCUCCGCAGAAAGCUGCAGUUGUUGAAGGGGCAGUGANCACAGAGUCCUUCACAGACCAAGAACACACACGUAGGCCUUCAAUAAGCGUCCCUCCUNCUCCAAACAGACCAGAACGUGAGCUCUCACAUCCAGCUGCCAAAAGAAACUCCACCAAACAGUUAUCCAACACACACACAUACACAAAACACACUCGUGCACACACAAACACAUACACA